UGUCAGCACGUUGAAUUGUACGUCAGUAUACGGUGAGCGGAUAUGUUUACAUCAUUUAAAGCGAAAGAAUAACAAGUUCGUAAAAUUUGGAUCAUCACAAUUGCAAGUUUAACUUGCGAGAAGACUGAUAACGUCGCAAAAUGUUCCUGUCGAAGGUAUCGUUUCUGCUCAGAAACGCAGUCACUGGUGUUGUCCAGCGUGAAUCUGGAUACGCUAGUGUCCUCGCACGCAAAUUAUUUUUACAAAAUGAUGCGUUGGAAUUUUCAACAUCGGUACCAUGUCGUUCUGAUAUCGUUUCAACAAGACAGCAAACAGAUUCGACAAGUGAAUCGUCGUCGCUCACGACAAACACGGGGACACCAGAUAAGCUGUAUAAAAAAAUUGAGGUUGAAGUCAGGGGAAAUGAGUCAGCGGUAUUGAAAAGCUAUGGACAAUUCGCUGUAAUGGCUGCGAAUCAUUUGGAGAUCACCAUAGGUAGAAACACAGCACCACGCAAAGCUAUUCACGAACGAUACACAGUGCUGAAGUCCGCUCACGUUCACAAGAAGCAUCGGGUUCAGUAUGAGAUGAGAACUUACUACCGCUAUCUUGACUUUUUACAAUUGACUGGAUCAACGGCAGACACUUUUCUGGAAUACCUCCAGAGGAAUUUGCCAGAGGGAGUAGCGAUGAAAGUAACUAAGAUCGAGUUGGAAAAGUUGCCGGAGAGUAUAGCUGCAACGAGUAAUGCGUAGCUGUAAUAUGUAACUAUGAACACAAUUGUUUAUAUUACGCUCAUUUUGUAGAUAUUUUCCUGAUAUAAAUCGUUAAAAACUGGCA